GUGUCUUGGCUUUUUAAUCCAACAAGAAGUGAAAUAACAAGUCUAGAUAGUGGAAAUAUAGAUGACAUUUUAAACAAUGCAGAUGUUGCUUUAGUUAAUUUUUAUGCUGAUUGGUGCCGCUUCAGCCAAAUGCUGCAUCCUAUUUUUGAGGAAGCUUCUAAUGUAAUUAAAGAAGAAUAUCCAGAUAAGAAUCAAGUGGUGUUUGCUAGAGUAGACUGUGAUCAGCAUUCGGAUAUAGCUCAGAGGUACAGGAUAAGCAAAUACCCAACUCUGAAACUCUUCCGGAAUGGCAUGAUGAUGAAGAGGGAAUACAGGGGCCAGAGAUCUGUGACAGCAAUAGCAGAUUACAUCAGGCAGCAGAAGAGUAACCCUAUUCGGGAGGUCCAGGAUUUGGGAGAAAUUAGUUCUCUUGAUCGCAGCAGAAGAAAUAUUAUUGGAUACUUUGAGCAAAAGGACUCGGACAACUACAGAACCUUUGAAAGAGUAGCAAAUAUUUUGCAUGAUGAUUGUGUGUUCCUGUCUGCCUUUGGGGCUAUUUCAAAAGCAGAGAGAUUUAGCGGAGACAAUGUAAUCUACAAGCCACCAGGGGAAAAUGCUCCAGAUAUGGUGUAUUUAGGAUCACUAACCAAUUUUGAUUUGAUUUAUGCAUGGACACAAGAUAAAUGUGUACCACUAGUUCGAGAAAUUACAUUUGAAAAUGGGGAGGAACUGACAGAAGAAGGCCUUCCUUUUCUCAUACUUUUCCACAUGAAAGAUGACUUGGAGAGUUUAGAGAAAUUCCAGCAAGAGGUUGCACGGCAGUUAAUAGGUGAAAAAGGUACAAUAAACUUCCUCCAUGCUGACUGUGACAAGUUCAGGCACCCACUCCUCCACAUUCAGAAGACUCCAGCAGACUGCCCUGUUAUUGCCAUUGAUAGCUUUAGGCACAUGUAUGUCUUUCCAGACUUCAGCGACUUGUCAGUUCCAGGUAAACUGAAGCAAUUUGUACUAGACUUGCAUUCUGGAAAAUUGCAUAGAGAGUUUCAUCAUGGCCCUGAUCCAACUGAUGUAGCACCUGGUCAGCCAAUUCAGGAUAUAGCAAGCAGCCCACCAGAGAGCUCAUUCCAGAAACUGGCACCCAGUGAACAUAGGUACACCUUAUUGAGGGAAAAAGAUGAACUUUAAAAACUUGAAAUGAUCUUGCAAGCCUUUCAGACAGCAGCAUUGACUUCUGUGUGGUGGAAAUAGUAAACCUAUAUUUUCAUAAUUCUAUGUGUAUUUUUAUUUUGAAUAAACUGAAAAAUAAUUUUUUUCUCCCCAGGCUUGUAAAUACAUUUGUUUGGUGGGUCAUUCUGUACAGCAUCUUUCAAACAGUACGUUCUUAAUGCUAUAGUCAAAUAUCAGAGACCCAUCCAGACUCUUGAUCUAACUCUGUUCUGUAAAACUUUUAUAAUCCAAAUGAAGGUAUCCUUGCCAGAGACAUGCUGUUAACUUGCACUAUCCCAUUAAAUAGGACUUUUGGGUUGUUUUCCGUGUAACCUUGGUAGUAUGUGCUUUUUCUUCCUCAUGUGAACAGCUAUCCUGGUAAUCUAUUUCUUUGUCACAUUUUUCUCCAACUUAAGAGGGUCUUCUAUUCUGGAUACUUGGGAGGGGAAUAAAUUAAAGUUUUACAGAA